AUGUCGGAUGAAGAGUACAAGGCUCAUUUUUCGAUAUGGGCGGCCAUGAAGUCACCUAUGAUCAUGACAAAUGUUUUGUCAAGGGUUAGCUCUGAGACACUUUCGAUUCUUCAAAAUACUGCCGUUUUAGCUGUUUCGCAAGAUUCCAUGGGUUCGUCAGUGACCCGACGUUGGCGGUACUAUGUGAACAACACAGACCAAUUUGGCCAGGGUGAAAUUCAACACUUCACUGGUGGGUUGUCCGGUGGCGAUGAGUUGGUUCUUUUCCUCAACGCUGGGUCAAGCAAGCGAGAAAUGAAUGCAACACUAGAGGAGAUCUUCUGGGAAAAUGGGGGUAGCGGCACCGCGCCACAGAUAGAAGGUAUCUUGUCUGGCAACGCGACCAAUCCGUUGAACAUGACGGCCAAGGGAGGUUCACCGAGGAAUGUUUACGCGCAAGUUCCUGCGACAAACGACACAGCCAUGAUGGGUGCCAAAAUAGGCUCUGUAUCCGGCAGUGACGGGCAACGUCCAAGAUGCAGCCGUUGCAUAAAGGCUAAUCGUAACUGCAUUCGCGAUUCGCCGAGACAAUUCUACAAUGCUUCCAGGGUAAGCAGUGGUACUAGCUUUUCACCAACACAAGAGUGGAUGCCAUUGCCACCAAGUGGAAACGUCCAGUUUGUUGGCCUGUCCCCUAAACAGGUUUCCCAGUAUCCCCUUGAACCGACUCAGGGCGCCUCGAGGAGCACACCGUGGUCGACACAAAAGCACAGUUCCGACGCAGAUUCCGCCGCGCCGCCACCACCAACGCUAGGGCAUAGGAACUCUUCGAGUAAUUCCGGUGGUUACCCAUUAGCUUGCGAGACGAUACGUUUCCUGCCCGCACAGAGCGAGGCAGAGAGCAAUUUAAGCACAGGCAGCCCGGUGCCCGAGAAAUCGCCCUCGGAGACAUCGUAUGCGAUCGACUCCCGCCCGCAAUCCCACUCCGUUGGUCGUCUUUAUCUUGAUCCUCCUGACUGGCCCCUCGAAAAUGUUCAGGAAGCGACACUGCUUCAACAUUACAUUAAUGAGGUUUCUUUAUUUUUUGACUUUUGUGACAAAGAUCGCCACUUUGCUACCAUCGUCCCCCAGCGUGUACGUACCUGUGGCACGCUUCUUAGUGCCGUUUUGGCCCUCGCAGCUCGCCAUCUUAGUCGCAUCGACGACUUCGACCCCGCCGUAGCAGACAGCCAUUAUGAUAAAUGUCUUCAAACCUUAAUACCGGCGAUCAACGAUGACUUGUCUGUUCUGGAUGAAACUCUGUUAAUAAUUGUAGUUAUACUUCGCCUACUUGAAGAGUUAGAUGUACCAAUCGCAGGCGCCGACAGACAGGGUCAUCUAGUGGGUGCGAGGACACUCAUCCGACUACAAGAGAACCUAGGCAUAAACUCCAGCCUUCGUCAAGCUGCAUACUGGGCCUGUCUUCGGCAGGAGAUAUACAUGUCGUUGCGGGACAGUCGGCAGAUUAGACUGGACCUUGAACUUUUCCACAAGUUCCAAGCCGUCCAGCCAGGGGAGAGGUAUUCUUUUGCUUGCGGAGCCACACUUCAUUGCGCAGAGACGAUUGCCUUUGCAUAUGGUAUUAGCAGGCCGUCAUCCAUGGAGUUACAUAAGAAGCUUCUUAAUGAGAAUAAGCGAAUUGCGGCUGGAGAUCAUGGGCAGCCAUUUUUCUACAAAGCUAGGGGUGGCGAUUUUCCAGAUAUUCGCUACGAGACUGAGGAGCGCAUUAUCGCUGCCCAGUAUUCCUCACUCGCCCGUAUCUUGUUGGAUAUAAAUGAUCCGUCGCUUCCAAGAACUGGCCCAGCAUGCUUUCGUGCGGAAGAAGGGGUUCGAGACAAGCUAUACUCAUUGCAUGUAUGGCGAUAUCUCUUUCUGUAG